CAGCUUUGGUAGUACGGUUGGUAAACGCGCAGUGCAGCGGCGCGGCCAGUUGCCUCGCGACCGCCGCGCCCGCCGCCCGUCUGUGUUGUCACAAUGGCGUACUCGUGGGACAACAGGGUUACGUUUGUGGUUCGAUUUCUAUAUGACAUAGACAACAACGGUUACCUCGACGCGCACGACUUCCACUGCCUAGCCCUCCGCUCGUGCGUUCUCGAGGGCAAGGGCGACUGCUCCGCCGGACGGCUACAGAAGUACCAGCACAUCAUGCUCAGCCUGUGGGAGGAGAUCGCCCAGCUGGCUGACUUCGACAAGGUUCCUGACUAUGACGGCACCAUCUCCGUCGAUGAGUUCAAACAAGCAGUCAAGAACAGCUGCGUGGGAAAGCGGUACGAGGACUUCCCUCAAGCGAUGAAGGCGUUCAUCGAGUCCAACUUCAGGAUGAUUGACAUCAACGCUGAUGGAGUCAUGGGGGUGGAGGAGUACAGAUAUGACUGCGUGCAGCGGAUGGUGGUGGAAGACAUUAAGGUCAUCGAUGAUGCUUUUGAUACGUUAUUAAAUGAUGACGACAGGAAGAAGGGCGGCCUCACCUUAGCCAGAUAUCAGGAGCUGUUCGCGCAGUUCCUCGGAGACGAGAAGGAAGACUGCCAAGCGAAGCAUCUCUUCGGCCCUCUAGAGAUAUAGACACCUGAGCCAUAGACUUUUUACAUAGAAGUUUAGCCCUUAGGGCUUUAGCUGUGACUGCUACACCUACACCCGAUUGCACAUUAGUGUCCAGGUUUUUGUCACUUGACAUCAACUUUGGCGAUAAUUUAUAAUGUACUUAGAUGGGCAAACUGGGCAAUAAGGAAUAAGAAUUUUAGUUCGUCAUAGAUUUCGGGAAUCCACAAUUAUUUCGGUAGCUGGCCAGUUCGCCGGCAGACAUGUUUCUAUAUUUACAAAAUACGCAACGUCGGUAAAUGACGCCAAAAAUACAUCAUCACUGCGUCGAUACAGUGAAGCGGAUUAGUAAACAAACUGACAUAAACAAUGGCAUAAAAUUGGUUUAUAAUAAAUAUGUGGUAUAGUUUGUCAAGGGACUGUCUCAUUUCGGGCGUAGACGGAGAGAGUCAUACUGUCUUUGUCUUGCACUGGUGCUGGCUCCCAGAAGAAGGGGAUAAGAUUAAAUUUUUUGUUUCUAUUUACUGACAAGAUUUGCUUGACCAACUAUAUGGCACCAAAAUUUAAAAAAAAGACGUUCGCCUGCGAAUUUUUUGUGUACUUUAGUGAAACCCUUUAUUGAUUUUGUAAUUCGUUAACAUUUGAUUAAUGAUUGAUUCCGUUGUGUAACGAAACAUGUUGAUUCAGUUGAUUCACAUACUUAUUAUGUGUUCGACUUUUGUUACAUAAAGGAAUCAAAUCAAUUUAAUUGUUGUAUUUUUUUUAUCUAUUCAAAUCUGUCUGCUAUGACUUUUAAUUCCUCGAUGGCCAGUUACAAUUAAAACACAUUAUUCUUAGUAUUAUAAACUUUAGUGUGCGUGUUAGUUUUUUAAUAGUUAAAUAUAACUCAGUUCUGAUUAUCCCGUCCCAGCACAUCACAAUGUGAUUUUAUUUUAAGAUAUUUUAAUAUAAUUGUUGCGGUGAGAUUUAACGUUAACUUUUGUAAGUGUUUUAUUUUGUUUGUGAAUUAUGGAAUGUUGGUACCCCCUUGUUUUUACUGUUCCUGAGGUAUCAUUAUAAUUAUAAGAAAGGAACGACCAACUGGUUUCUUGUUAUUUUCGUUUAUAUUUAUAUACAAUGGCAGUACCUACUUUAAGGGAUACGUGGGAAUGUACGGGCAAUGUGAAUGAUAUGCUCACUCAUACAAAUGAAUCUAGUCACAAAUAUCAAUACUUAAUAUAAUUUGUAAAUACUUAUUGUUCAAAAUAUUAAUUGAUGUUUUAAAUUAUAAAAUAAAAAUUGUCUAAAACCUCUA